AUGCUGGCUUCUUUGUUGUCGCGUCAUCGUUGUCGCUCGCCCUCCAAAUUCGGUGCGUGUUUGGGGAGAAUGUGGGGGAAGAUUCCGGCGGCUAGCCGCAGAGCACCCCUCACCUCGCCCACCACUCCAAAAUCAGCCGAGAUGUCGCUUGUCGAUUUGGGCGGUGGGAAUGGAGAAGCAAAGGGAAGACAAGCACACCGUGCUCAAGCCGCCCAUGCACAACUCUUCGGCUAA